CCUGGAGAUUUUUUAGGGGGCGGGUGGAGGGUAGGUUUUGUGUUGGAUGAGGCCGCUGCUUCUUCGGACCCCAGAACUAGGACUUAGCCACGCUACAGCCCCCGUUCGGGUAACGUUUCUCUUCAGGUCCCAGCCGGAGGCAGAGCCCUGCCGACCGGAGGAUCCUGGUGUACCAGAGCAGAUGCCUCUUUUCGUGUUGGUUGUAUCUUACACUAGAGGAGCCCAGGAAUGAGAUAUUCUUGGGCUCUGUUUCUUCAUCCAGCAUUCAACUGCUUCAGUGCAAAAACACUUGACUCUUCUCUUCCUGGGACACAAUUAACCUCACUGAAGAGUUGAUGGACAGAUCCUUUCUGCUGACUUUUUGGCUUUUUCUUUCUUUCUUUUUCUUUUCUUUUUCUUUUUUAAUGUGCAAGUUAGAAGACAAGUGAAACAAGCGAGAGGUUGCCUGCUUUGGUGAAUAACUUGGUUCUUAGAACAUGGGCCCUCGCUUAAAGUUGCAGCUGUGAUCCUCGGCUGUCUGCUGGUAUUGAGGAGACCUGAUGUUUUACGUUAUUGGUGGAAUCAUAGUGUCUGUGGUUGCAUUCUUCUUCACAAUUAAGUUCCUCUUUGAGCUUGCCGCACGUGUAGUCAGCUUUCUUCAGAAUGAAGACCGUGAGCGCCGAGGGGACCGGACUAUUUAUGACUACGUGCGGGGAAAUUACCUGGAUCCCCGGUCCUGCAAAGUGUCCUGGGAUUGGAAGGACCCCUAUGAGGUGGGCCACAGCAUGGCCUUCCGAGUGCAUUUGUUCUAUAAGAAUGGACAGCCUUUCCCUGCACAUCGGCCCGUGGGACUGCGAGUUCACAUCGCUCACGUUGAACUAGCAGUAGAAAUUCCAGUGACCCAGGAAGUCCUCCAGGAGCCAAAUUCUAACGUGGUAAAGGUGGCCUUCACUGUGCGCAAGGCUGGGCGCUAUGAGAUCUCUGUGAAGCUUGGUGGAUUAAAUGUGGCCUAUAGUCCCUACUACAAAAUUUUUCAGCCUGGAAUGGUGGUUCCUUCCAAAACCAAAAUUGUGUGCCAUUUUUCUACUCUGGUGUUGACAUGUGGACAGCCACACACUCUGCAGAUAGUGCCCCGUGAUGAAUAUGAUAACCCAACCAACAAUUCCAUGUCCCUGAGAGAUGAGCACAACUACAGCUUAGCCAUCCAUGAGCUUGGUCCUCAAGAAGAAGAGAAUAAUGAAGUCUCGUUUGAGAAGUCAGUGACAUCCAACAGGCAGACUUGCCAGGUGUUCUUGCGGCUCACCCUGCAUUCCCGAGGUUGCUUCCAUGCCUGCAUUUCAUAUCAGAGCCAGCCCAUCAACAAUGGCGAAUUUGACAUUAUUGUCCUUAGUGAGAAUGAGAAGAAUAUUGUUGAACGCAAUGUGUCCACUUCAGGAGUGAGCAUUUACUUUGAAGCUUACCUCUACAAUGCUAACAACUGUACCAGCACACCAUGGCAUCUUCCUCCCAUGCACAUGAGCUCUUCUCAACGCCGGCCCUCCACUGCUAUUGAGGAGGACGAUGAAGAUUCACCCUCAGAGUGCCACACCCCUGAGAAAGUAAAGAAACCCAAGAAGGUGUACUGCUAUGUGUCACCAAAGCAAUUCUCAGUCAAGGAAUUCUAUCUGAAAAUCAUCCCCUGGCGCCUCUACACCUUCCGAGUGUGCCCUGGAACCAAAUUUUCAUACCUUGGCCCUGACCCCGUUCAUAAGCUCCUCACGCUGGUGGUGGAUGAUGGCAUUCAGCCUCCUGUGGAGCUCAGCUGCAAGGAGAGGAACAUCCUCGCGGCCACCUUCAUCCGGUCCUUGCACAAGAACAUCGGAGGCUCCGAGACCUUUCAAGACAAGGUGAACUUUUUCCAGAGAGAGCUUCGGCAGGUCCAUAUGAAGAGACCUCAUUCCAAAGUCACCCUGAAGGUCAGCAGACACGCCUUGUUGGAAUCGUCUUUGAAAGCCACUCGGAACUUUUCCAUCUCAGAUUGGAGCAAGAACUUUGAAGUGGUUUUCCAGGAUGAAGAAGCUUUGGAUUGGGGAGGGCCUCGCCGGGAAUGGUUUGAGCUAAUCUGCAAAGCACUGUUUGAUACCACCAGUCAGCUCUUCACCCGGUUCAGUGACAACAACCAAGCACUAGUGCAUCCUAACCCUAAUCGCCCGACUCACCUGCGCCUGAAGAUGUAUGAGUUUGCAGGGCGGCUGGUGGGCAAGUGUUUGUAUGAAUCCUCUCUAGGAGGAGCCUACAAGCAGUUGGUCCGUGCCCGUUUCACUCGGUCUUUCCUGGCCCAAAUCAUAGGACUCCGUAUGCAUUACAAGUACUUUGAAACAGAUGACCCAGAAUUCUAUAAAUCCAAAGUGUGCUUUAUCCUCAAUAAUGACAUGAGUGAGAUGGAGCUGGUCUUUGCAGAGGAGAAAUACAACAAAUCAGGUCAACUGGAUAAGAUUGUAGAACUCAUGACAGGUGGAGCUCAAACCCCAGUCACCAAUGCAAAUAAAAUCUUCUAUUUAAACUUGUUGGCUCAGUACCGGCUGGCCAGUCAAGUGAAAGAGGAGGUGGAGCAUUUCCUGAAAGGCUUGAAUGAGUUGGUUCCUGAGAACCUUUUGGCUAUUUUUGAUGAGAAUGAACUUGAGCUGCUGAUGUGUGGGACUGGAGACAUCAGUGUAUCUGACUUCAAAGCCCAUGCUGUAGUGGUUGGUGGAUCCUGGCAUUUCAGAGAAAAGGUCAUGAGGUGGUUUUGGACCGUGGUUUCCAGUCUGACCCAGGAGGAACUGGCUCGGCUGCUUCAGUUCACAACAGGCUCUUCUCAGCUCCCACCUGGAGGAUUUGCUGCCCUCUGUCCCUCAUUUCAGAUUAUUGCUGCUCCAACCCACAGCACGCUUCCUACUGCUCAUACAUGUUUUAACCAACUGUGCCUCCCUACAUAUGACUCAUAUGAAGAGGUGCACAGGAUGCUACAGCUGGCCAUCAGUGAGGGUUGCGAGGGCUUUGGCAUGCUCUGACCGUUCUUCUCUCACCUGCUUGGCUCCCAAGCUCUGUAGAGCAUCUGGACACAUGUUAACAAGCAUAACCGCUGACCUUAACCACAACCAUUAGCCAGAAGAUAGUGCAUGCUCCCUUGUGUCUGGAGUAUUCUGUCAUCUACAAGCACUGUUCUUACCUCACCCUCUGUCCGCAGUUACCACAGGCCACUUGAGCACAUGGCACCUAUCUGAGCUCUACUCAGUUUCGAGAGGAGGACCAUGCUGCUGUCAUUUCGUUGGUCCUUUGAAGAUCUCUGUGGCUGGAUCUGCCUCAGCGGCUGGGAGAGAUGCAUGACACAGAGGACUCAGUUCUGUAGGAAAGCCAGCGUGGGAGACCUUUACGCCGUGCCUCAUUCCAGCACCCUCUUCUCUUUGGAAAUGCCCUCCUUGAGCUCACUACUUGACCAGACUGGGCAACCCAUCACCUCUUCUCAUCAGUGGCCAGGAGAAGCACAGCUAGAAAGUGGCUCACACAAGCUGUCUGAUUUGUCCUCGCACAUUGUGACAGGCACCGGCCAUGCACUGGAUUAGUUCUCAUGGGGACUGGUAGUACACAAGGAUCUCUUUAUGGUGACAGAACUGGAAAAGACACUCCCUGCGGGCAUCUUUAAAGAUGAUCAUUAAUCUAUAAGGAAUUUGCUAAGCUUUCUCUUGAAUUUGAGCCAGUGAGAAAAGCAGUCAGAAGAAUGUGAAGGCCGGCUGUGCUGUAGCCUCCAGUGCUGGGUAUGCUUCCCUCUUGGGGAAGGGCCGUGUUCAGGCAUGUGGAUGGCUUGAAGACUACUAAUGCUUUUCUCCGAGUUUGUUCUUUGCACUGAAGGAGGACUUGGCCUGACCUCCAACUUACGUAGUUUGUUAAGAGUUGUCUUUAGCAUUCUGCUGGAGGAAUUUUGAGAGCAAUGGACUGGGACAGUGAACAUAGCCUGCCAGCUCUCUUUGGUGGUGAUCUCUGGCAGAGCUGAGGCAAAGGAACAGUGAUCACAGGUCCUGCAUCAAGUCAUGGAGAAUAGACAUGGUGGAGAUCCAGCAGCAGUAAAUACCUAGCAAUUCCAAGUACUUGGCUUCAUCAGUUACCAAGAAGUGGGAGACCCAUGGAGGGAGAACACUGUAUUGGGUUCACAGUUACAUGGUGAUCAAAGAGAACUUCUCAGUCUCGAGGAAGAUAACAUCUUUUCAUGAGUGUUUGAAUGAAAACAACAUGAAGGCUCAAUAUCACAUGGAUUUCCCAAUUUCUGUCUUUAAUAAGGCUUUCUACAAGCCACUUUCUUCCAUGGGGCACUCACUCAGAAUAUUACAAGCCAUUUUAUUGCCAAAACCAGCAAGUACACAGAAUCCCGAGACAAGGCAGUUCUUGUGACAGUGCCUUGGCCUCCUGGAAGCAGUCUGAGCCCUCCUGUUCCCAGGGAUCAGGAGAAACAAGCCCUCCUGAGCUGCUAGAAUCCUGCCUGACCUCCUUUGCAGUCAUCAUCUGUCUUUUCUUGGUGUGGGUGCUCACCUCACUUAUCCUUGGGGUUUGGGACCUAGCAUCAGGACCUCUCCACCCAGGAUCCUUCAUGCCACAUGGUCACUGCUCUCCUCAGGGACCGGGACAAGGUGCUGCUGUCUGCCCACACUUUCCCAUGGAACACGUACAAAAUCAUUUAGCCACUACCCUGCUGCCUCUCAGGCCUCCACUGGGGCUUCUAGCUGGGUCCAUGGCUGCUUGGCUGUUGGGGAUGGUUCUUCCUCCUAGGUUCUGCAAUCCUGGCUCCAGCAGAGCUCUGCAGGCUGCACAGGGGUCAGUGUGUGUCCGGGCCAGACCUCUCCUUUUAAGCUCUAGUCAUAGCACUUUUUCAGAGUCUCCUAGGCACUGUUACAGCCCAAAUGGGGCAGCUAGGAUUCCAGGGUGGUCCUUAGGCACCAGAGUCUUUAACAAAAAAAUAUCCUCUAGUACUGUGUGGUUUUCUGUUCUUCGAGUUUACUCUCCUGACUAUUCAGAAGCAUUUUGCUCUCUCUUGCAUUUUUGUUAUCCUUUUUUUUUUUUUUUCUAAUACUGCUUUGGUACUUGCCAGUAUGGGAAAGAGAUGCAGUAUGUUGGACAGAUAAAACUAUGUGUUAUUUCUUGGUCAAUUUUCUAUUCAUAUUCCUUAUUUUGGCCAGUUCUUUUGUUUAUGCUUUGUGACAUAGGUACUUGGGAAGCCAGCUGCCCUCCUGACUUUUGGCUUUUCGGUGUUCUUGAAGGAGACCAGUCAUGAGCACCAGGGAGAGUGUCAGCUGGUUCUAGAACUUGGCAGAAGCUGAGCUCUGCUGCACAUUGUCAGGCCAGGUCUGGAUAUCUGCAGUUGGAGAUGUAAAUAUUUUGUACAGUAAAUAAAAUGCCUACAAUAAUCAA